UCUUCUUAAUAGUGCUGUGCUGCUAUUGAUAUGAUGGGACUUUCUCUUUGGGUUUUGAUCGAUGCCGCUAUGCUCAUGUCCUUCAUCUGUGCUCUUUUGGACUUUUGCAAUUAACCAUUGGAGAGAGAGAUCAACUCAGACUCACUCCAAGACCCAUCAUUUUCUUUCUGCCUUCUUUAAUAUCCAUAUGAGGUUUUUCACUUAUGGGCCAAAACUAUAAUAAUACAACCCUUUUUUCGUGUUUGUGUGUGUGGUGUAGUUGUACACAUUUGCUGCUUUCUUGUCUUUUUCUGCCCCUUUGUCUUUUUUCAGGUACCAUUCUGUGAGUGAGUCUGCCCUCUUGAAACCUGUGAUCUUCCUUGGAGCCAUUAGGGGCCGGGGAAGAAUUUUCAAGCCUUUCUUCCUUUUUCCUGCGUGGUUUUCAAAAGGGUGUAUCAGGUUCCCGUUUGAGAAAAUUUUUCAAAACCCUUUCCUUUUUGGAGGUUAUUGAAACAAGGACAAGGCAGCAGAAGAGAUUGCAGAACUAAUAGAUACCAAUGGCAGAUUGGAGUGGUUUUCUGAACAAAAGCAGCGGUUUUGGUGGGGGAUCAGCGAGGAAUGAAGAUUUUGACGAAGAAGAUGUAUGGGGUUUGUGCCCAGAAAUGAAGGUAUCUAAGGACUCCUCCGAUUCUUCUUCUGCAUGGUGCAUGCCAACCUCUCCAAGAAAGAUUCCAAGGACUAAUAAUCUCAAACUAAACUCCUUGGAAUCUGAUUCAAACGUGGUUCAAAGAUCCUCGGCACCAAUGGACAUUCCUGAUUGGUCUAAAAUUUAUGGGAAAAAGGGCGUUGAGGAGGAGGGUGUAAGCAAAAAGUUUGAUUUUGGUUAUGAGAAUCACUAUCUUGAUGAUUAUGAAGAUGAUGAUGAUAUGAUUCCUCCUCAUCAAUGGAUUUCUAGGAAACUUGCAAGGAGCCAGAUUUCCUCUUUCUCUGUGUGUGAAGGGAUAGGGAGGACACUGAAAGGGAGAGAUCUCAGCAAAGUGAGAAAUGCUAUUUUGACCAAAACAGGUUUCAUUGAGUAGGUGGUCGAUUCACUACUAUGACUAAUGGUCAUGUCAUCAUCAGCAUUCUCAUACUAGGAUCCCAUGCAAUCUUUCUUUUAGGUAUUUGAUUAUUGGCACUCAUGUAUGGAAUGUGAGGUCCUGCUUUUUUAGUUAUUUGUUUUCUUGUUCUAAAUUUUCUGGGAAAAAGAGGUUUUAGGGAAAGGAAAAAGGAGGAGUGGCAGCCUCUGAAAUUUUGUCUGAAUCUGUAUUGCACUGAGGCCAGUGGAGUACACUCUGUGUUGUUACUGAGUUUAAUAGUUUUCAUGUUUUCACUUCUGCUUGCUUCAUCAUUGUUAACUAUUAAUGAUUUAGACA